AUGUUCAGCUCUACGAGAAGGACGGAGCAGUGGAGGGCGGAGGAGAGACUCCAAUGCCCAGCGGGCCAUGCGCGGGCGACGCUUGCGCGAAUCGCGGACGGGGGGGCGGUCGGGCCAUUUAAAUGUGUGUUUGUGGGUGAAAUGGCUGCGCAGGUCGGAGCGGUUCGCGUAGUACGGGCGGUGGCGGCGCAGGAGGAGCUGGACAAAGAAGGGAAGGAGAAACCCCAUGUUGGGGUCUCCCCGCGGGGAGUGAAGCGGCAACGCCGGGCGAGCAGCGGGGGUUCUCAGGAGAAGCGGGGGCGGCCGAGCCAGGACCCCCCUCUCGCUCCCCCUCAUCGGCGGCGUCGCAGCCGCCAACAUCCCGGGCCGCUGCCUCCAACGAAUGCCGCCCCAACCGUCCCGGGCCCUGUUGAACCUCUGCUCCUGCCGCCUCCGCCGCCACCGUCGCUGGCGCCCGCCGGGCCCGCUGUCGCUGCCCCGCUGCCGGCCCCGGGCACCUCGGCCCUCUUCACCUUCUCGCCCCUGACGGUGAGCGCGGCCGGGCCCAAGCAUAAGGGCCACAAGGAGCGGCACAAGCACCAUCACCACCGCGGCUCCGAUGGUGACCCUGGCGCCUGCGUUCCGGGCGAUCUCAAGCACAAGGACAAGCAGGAAAACGGCGAGAGGAGCGGAGGGGUGCCUCUGAUCAAGGCCCCCAAGAGAGAAACAGCAGAUGAAAAUGGUAAAACCCAGAGAGCUGAUGAUUUUGUCUUGAAGAAAAUAAAGAAGAAAAAGAAAAAGAAACACCGAGAAGACAUGCGAGGAAGACGCCUUAAGAUGUAUAAUAAGGAAGUACAGACCGUCUGUGCUGGCCUGACCCGCAUCAGCAAGGAAGUUCUCACCCAAGGACAGCUAAAUAGCACUUCAGGAGUUAAUAAGGAGUCCUUCAGAUAUCUGAAGGAUGAACAGCUGUGCAGAUUAAAUUUGGGCAUGCAAGAAUAUCGGGUGCCCCAGGGAGUACAGACACCUUUUACAACGCACCAAGAACACUCUAUUCGCAGAAAUUUCUUAAAAACAGGUACUAAAUUUAGCAACUUUAUUCAUGAAGAGCACCAGUCCAAUGGUGGUGCUCUUGUCCUUCAUGCUUACAUGGACGAACUCUCAUUUUUGUCUCCAAUGGAGAUGGAGAGAUUUUCUGAGGAGUUUCUUGCUUUGACAUUCAGUGAGAAUGAGAAAAACGCUGCCUACUAUGCUUUAGCAAUAGUGCAUGGAGCGGCUGCUUAUCUCCCAGACUUUUUGGACUACUUUGCUUUCAAUUUUCCCAACACUCCAGUGAAAAUGGAAAUUUUGGGCAAGAAAGAUAUUGAAACAACCACCAUUUCAAAUUUUCACACUCAGGUCAACAGGACAUAUUGCUGUGGUACGUACCGAGCAGGUCCUAUGCGGCAGAUAAGUCUUGUUGGAGCAGUCGAUGAAGAAGUUGGUGAUUAUUUCCCCGAGUUCCUCGAUAUGUUAGAAGAAUCACCAUUUCUGAAAAUGACUUUGCCCUGGGGUACACUUUCUAGCCUCCAACUACAGUGUAGGUCUCAGAGUGAUGAUGGGCCUAUAAUGUGGGUGAGACCAGGAGAGCAAAUGAUCCCUACAGCAGAUAUGCCAAAGUCACCCUUCAAAAGACGACGAUCAAUGAAUGAAAUUAAAAAUCUUCAGUACCUACCUCGGACAAGUGAACCCCGAGAAGUCCUCUUUGAAGACAGGACAAGAGCUCAUGCUGAUCAUGUAGGUCAGGGGUUUGACUGGCAGAGUACGGCUGCUGUUGGAGUUUUGAAGGCUGUACAAUUUGGUGAAUGGAGUGACCAACCUCGCAUAACCAAAGAUGUGAUUUGUUUCCAUGCUGAGGACUUUACUGAUGUUGUACAGAGACUCCAGUUAGACCUUCAUGAACCUCCAGUUUCCCAGUGUGUACAGUGGGUGGAUGAAGCAAAACUAAACCAAAUGAGGCGAGAAGGAAUUCGCUAUGCUAGAAUCCAGCUUUGCGACAAUGAUAUCUACUUCAUCCCUAGAAAUGUCAUUCAUCAGUUCAAAACAGUGUCAGCAGUAUGCAGCUUAGCCUGGCAUAUCAGGCUUAAACAGUACCACCCUGUUGUGGAAGCCCCUCAAAACACAGAAAGCAAUUCCAACAUGGACUGUGGUUUACCUGGAAAGCGAGAAUUAGACGUUGACGCCCAGUGUGUGAGAAUAAAACCUGAACCUGAGGAAACAUGCACAGAGAUGCAGGUUUCGACAGCUGCUCCGUCCUCUUUUCCAUCUCCAUCAGAGCUUCACCUGCAGGAGCUGAAGACGCAGCCUAUUCCAGUUUUCAAGGUGGAAAGUAGACUGGACUCUGACCAGCAACACAGUCUGCAGGAACAUCCAAGCACUCCUGUGUGAUAUAUCCGAUUUCCCCAUCUCCCACUUGCCAUCCAGCAGAUGCCAUCUGUCAUCUAAGCUGGUCACUACUAAAAACAAGGAGACUGUCUCCUGACAGCCAGCACUGUGUGUAAUCACUCAGGAACCAGCGGAUCUGCAAAGACCUACAAUCAAACGCAAAUCUCCAUUUUCCUUUUUGCAAAACAGUCUACCCUCACCUCCAGUAUAAACAUAUUAAAAGAAUAUAAAAAUGUUGAAAAUCAUGUACUAAUGAAGUCAUUGUAUAUUAGAUUGCAAUAGAAUGGAAAGAAACAUUUAGCUAGUAAUGUAUCUGGAAACUCUGAAUGUCCUAUGUGAGUAUUAGAUUUUAAUAGCAUGCUUUAAAGACUGAUGAAUAUAAAAGCAGAAGUUUUGAGUUUCUUGCUGCUUUCAAAGCUGUCCUAGUUGAGCGAUACAAAUGAUCACAACUUUUCUAAAUCAUUAAACUAUUUGGUUUGGUGGAGUGAGGCAUGGAGCAGUCUAGCAUCCUCUGAUUUGUAAGGUAGCGAUGGCAGUGAAGUCGUAACUGAAAAUGAAGCUGAUCUUCCUUUCUGGUAUGUUAUCUGUUGUGCCAGCCCUUGAGAUUACUUGCAGAAUGUGGCUAUAUGUUUUAGUACUUUGUGGAUCAGAGGGAUAUUUAAAAAUAUGCUUAUGGAAAGGACCUAAAAAACAAAUAUUCCUAACAGCAAAUAAAAUGAUUUUAUGGUAACCAUUAAAAAGCAUAAAAGUCUUCCCCUUCCCCAGAGGUCAUUCUAUACUUAUCAAGAUAGGUUAGGAGUUAGGGUUACAAUUCUGAGAGGUGUCCCAAAUUCAUGAAGCAAUAAUAAUAACCUCCAUAUUGGUUCCCUCUUCCAAAGUUUAACUGUUGAAAAUGAAUUCUUAGGCUUAAUUGUACUUUCUUAUUCAGUACUUAAAAGUUUUGCUGAUACAUUAUUUUUACUUAAAGACUUUUAGAAAGUGCCCUAUCCCCUCAAUCAGUUGAACUAUAAGUUCACUAAUAUUACAAGCUCUUGUAUGGGGAAAGGAGCUUAUUAAAUCAUUUUCUAAACUUUAGGAACAGAUGUAUCAGUCUUAACAGGCAUAAAGAUCUCACCUAAUGACUUGAGAAACUUUUGCAUAUUGCUUUUCCCUGUAUAAAUAUUGUCUAGAAGGAGAGUUAAUAUAGGAGUCCAAAAUCCAUGAAAAUAUAUUCCUAGUGAAUAUAUCCUUUGUCAUUAAUAUUAGUCCAUUAUAUUUUCAUCUGUAUUUGCCUUUAAAAUUUAUUUGUAUUUAUUGAGGACCAUUAGGAUUACUGCAUUUGUGUCUUUCUAAUAAGUCUGUUUCAUCCUUUCAGUAGCACAUGCCAGAGGCUCACAUUUGUGCUAAGUUUCAUGUUUUCAAGGCAGUCUGUAGCUGUAUUUACUGGUCAUGCAAGUAGAGGAGAUGCAUACCACCAGUGUUUUUCUAAGCGCAUAAAGGACUUAUCCUCAUCCUGGAAGUCUGUUGCUUUAAAAGCAAGUAUCCAUAAAUAUUAAUGGCCUUCCAUUUUAAAAAUCUUCAUAAAUUUUUUAGGAUCCACUCGUGCAUGUAGUUGAGACCAUUGUCUCUUAAAAUAUAGCACUUUUCAAUUCUCUCUAAAGAAAUACUUACGUACUACUUCUAUCACAUGUAAAUUUUCAUGUAAUAGUGUUUUCUGUGACUAAACUUCAUUUUGAUUGGCAGCUAAGACUUUUUUUUUCCUGUGGCUUUAAUUUAUCUAAGAGGUCUUUGCAUAUAGAUGAAAUGUAUAAUUUGCCUGGCGGACUAUUUGCGUUUGUGUGGCCUUAGUUUGUUUAUUGACAUUAACAAGUGUUUUAAAAGGUUUUUAAUGAAUAGUCUUAAAUCUGAAUUUGUGUGAAUAAUAAUCCUUUUAACACAGUGCUUUUUUGUAGCUGUCUAAGUGUUAAAUUGUUAAGCUAUUUCUUUGUAAAAUAGGACAAUGGAAUGCAUAGUUUUUUUUUCCUGUAAAGUAUUUUUUUAAUAAACAAAGUCUGAUUUGUCCUUUA